AUGGACCAAAACACAGAAAUUACAAGUCCCUUGAUUCUCCAGCCGUAUGCAAUCGAAGAACCCGACGACGACGAGCCGAGACCAGUCCAUCAAAGACCAGGACUGCCAAGGCUGCCGGAUUACUUUGAACGGUGGCAGCGAGAGCUGAAAAAUUCAGUUCAUCAACUGGAAUCUGAACCCAGCAGAGAUACUUGUCGUCCAAGAGUAUUUUUCUCCCCACGGAGAGGUCAAAAACGAAAGGUUGCCCAACCAGCCGGGACGGCCACUAUCCCAAGCCCUGCUAUGUCGUCCACCCAAUCGCAAAACAAGCACCGACUGGAUGAGGAUGAGCGUCCAAUAUUAGUGCCUGGAUUGAGCUAUAAACGAAGAAGACGCAGCAGACUAGCCAGAAACUCGGAGAAAGCUUGCCCAACCUCUCUAGACGAGUUUCGUGAGACCCAGGCCAGCGACAGUUCGAGCUCCGAUCAGCCGCCUACGGAUGCUAGUAAUGGAACAGCAGAUGAGUCUGCCUUGACAGAUGAAAUGGACAUUGAUUGA